AUGGAACAUGAUUAUAAGGAAAAAAUGUGUGAAACCCUUGGAGUUUGUUGCUCUCGUGAAUUCAAUGAUUACCCAGUGAAAUGCUCCAUACAGCAAUGCCCUGCUCCUCCGUACGGAUGUCGAACCUACAUCGUCAAAGACGCAAGUGGAUGCCCUACUGGCUGCGACUACGCCUGCGGGACUCCCUGGUGUGGGCCACGACCUUGCACACGUCUAUGUGUCCAAGGCUACUGUAAAGAUAUAGGCCAUCACAAGAUAUGCGACACCCAAUGUCCGUCAGGAUAUGUGCUCGACUCUAAAGGAUGUUCUGUUUGUCAAUGCAAACUUGAGUUCCCAUCUUGUUUGGCGGUUCUCAAAUGUUCCCAAGGUUUGUGUCCAGAUUCGUGUAUGUGCCAGCCGGACUGCUUUGAUAAAUUCCCGCUUCCUGAUAAUCCGAAUGUUUUUGCGUUGUAA